AACACAACACAACAAUACAAAAAGUGGGUGGGGCUCAAUGGAGCACUAUCUCUCGUCACAGGAUUGUCUGAAGGUUGGUUACUGCUCGGAUCUUCCCUCUGCUUUAGAGUUGGGAAGUUUUCAGGAGUGUGGUCUCAAGGCGAGUGGCUUGGCUCUUACUCAGAUUCUCGGUUCUCUUGGCUUCAAACAGUGUGCUGGUGAUGUAGAAUGUCUUGGUCGUUCAGUGACAUCUCAGUAUGGUGUAGGUCUCUUUCUGCAGCAUCCAGACCCGACAGGCCAGGUGUAUAAUCUUGUAGAUGCAAAUGAACAAAAGUUAGGGAUAAUAGAGCUGAAACUAACUGCAGUCAUUGAUUCUCUGAAGGCGAGGCUAGAGUUGCUCAGAAGUGGGAGGUUUGUGUGUUAGCUACUGUUAAGUGGUAGGAGAUGCACAUUUUUCAGGUGCUGUGCUGAUGAAACCAACAAAGAGACCCUUUCCAUGGGCAUAGAGAGUGAGCUGGAAGAAGCCAAAAAUAUACUGGCGCAGAUACAAGCAUUGCAUAUGGAAGUGGAAGAGAGGGCCAAGAACAAUUGUGAAUCUUGCGUAGUAACAAAUGUCCCAGAAAACAAUCCACAGCCAAAAAAAUCCUCCAAAACGCAGCCAAAGAUGCCCAAGACAAAAUCUACUAUUGAACAAAGAGCUAUUGCUAAAACUGUUCAACCCCAUCACACUCCAAUUAAAAACUCCACCUCUGUUACCAUCAGUUCAAAGACGAAAAGGAAGAGGAAUCAAUUGACACCCAGGCACAAGAGAGCAAGCCAUGGAGUAACAAAAACCUUUGGACAAAGCAAGACCUCCAGGAAACCCAUGGUUGGAGUGGUAAAAGGAAGCACAGUGUUGGCUCGUUGCAAGUCAGACAGCUUCUACUACAGAGGGGUUGUGGCUGGUGGGCUGUCCAAGAACUGUGCAGAUGUACAGUUUCAAGGUGGAGAAAAGCAGGAGACGCCACUGGAUGAAAUGCUAGUUGUUGGAGGAGCUUGCCCACAGCCACACCUCAGGACUCACGACUACGUAUUGUGUUGUGUUCGUAUGCCACAUGGCCAUCACAGCAGUAUGUUUGGAAUUUGUGACCUAUACAUUCCUGCCCAAGUUCAGGCUGUUCCAACAGAGACCACUAUGUGCAGUCUGUUUUCUGUCACUACUUUCAAUGGAGAUCAUGUCAUCUCGUCUCGCAGUGGUUUAGUGAGGAUUACUGAAUCAAGAUAUAGAGCUAUCACCAACCAGCUGGUUAAGCACCCCAUACAACAACCCCUUGAUCCUAUCAGUACCACUCAGCAAGCUAUUGCAACACAGGAGACUAUCAUAAAAGUCGGUUGUAACUCAACAGAUGGUGGAUCAGAAACUGCAUCACAGGUCGCCAGUAAUGAGGCUACUCCAUGCUCAUCAUAUCAUACUACACUAGAGAAAAGGGACAGAGGAACAUCAACGGAGUCAGUGGAGACAAAAGAGAAGGGAAUUAUAGCACAGGUGUCCACACAGGAGCAGGCUGUCUGCACAAACCCUCAGACGGUGGACCAGAGCACUACAACCAGUAUUGGGACAGCCAGAGAGGGAAAAUCAACCACCACGGAGCUGCGUUUGGGGGAUGAAACUGACAGUGCAGAAUCCACAGAAUGGGAAGCUGGGACUCAGGUUUUCUGCUGCUGGCCUCAGAGCAGCUGGUACAGCAAGGCUACCGUACUAGGCAGAGGCAAUAGUCCUUCUCGUUGGACAGUGCAAGCAGAGACAGGAGAUGUAGCUCACAUUCCUUCCUCUCACAUUUUACUUCCAAUUGACAGCCAGGUCACUGCUGAAGGAGCAACAGUGCUGGCUCCACACCCCAUGUUCCAAGGGCUUGCUCCAGGCACUAUCGUUGCAGUUGCUGACCACAGCUCUGAACCUUUCUGUGUCGAGUUCUAUGAUGGCUUGCAGGCAUUCAAAAGUGAGGCCCAUCAGCUGACUCCAGCCCAACAUGGAACAGCAGUAAGUCUACUGGAGGAGAGAGGGAAAUGCUGGGUGGGGCACACCGUCAUAGCACGAAGAGAGAGUGACGGAGUAUACUAUCCAGCUGUGGUGAAAGAGCAGUUGGGAAGACAGUGCUAUCGAGUGCAGUGGGCUGAGGGUACAGAGCAGACACAGACCAUUCUACAUAUGUUUGGGCCUCCCACUGUUCGUAGGACUCUUCAGGCUGGAGAUCAUGUUAUAGCUCUAGCGAUGGCAGGUAUUGGAGCAUGCUUGCCGGGGACAGUAACAGGCACAGGCACUAAGCAGGCAGUUGAAAUAAAGUUCUCAGAUGGAGAGAGGCAGACAGUCCACAAAGACCAGUGCUUUUGGAUAAGCCCCGCAUACUUUUUGUCUGCCGUUGAGUUCAUCAGUGCAUCCUUUUACGACAACUAGAGAAUUGCUAUGUCAUAGUACACAGUGGUGCAGUGUAUCCCUGUUCACAUGUGCAAACCCAUUCCCCAUUAUCUUCUUUCUGUGUACACCUGCCAUGACCGCUGCAUGCGGAGGGUAAGUGAGGAGUCCAGAGUUCAUGGUAGAGACCAUCACUCUGCCAGGGCUUGCCUGUGUCAACAACAUGCAGUUACGUAGCAAAGCUGUUAGCUCAGCUCACCCCGGCCACUCCAGUGGAGAAG